UACUUGUUACGUAUAAAGUGGUUUACUUAUAUAUGUGGGCACACUUACAACUAAGUAUAAAUAAAGAUUUUAAAAAAGACUUUGUAUCAUAACGUGGUCAUCACAUUUUAAAAGAUAUCAACAUCAACGUUAAAAUGAGCUUGAUAAUUUUCAUUCACAUCAAUGCUAUCUGUCUGCUGGUUGUAACGGCUUAUGAUGUGAAAUUGGGUUAUCUGAUUAAUGACGGAAAUGCCAGUUAUGAGAGAGAGAGAUGGAGACAAAUCGAGAAAUGAAUAUUUUCAAAAUUCAUACUCUUGCACACAAUGAAGUUUUGGAAUCGUACUCAAUGCAAAAUUUUCAAAAGGGACAGCAGAUCACGUGCAUUCCAUCAUUAAAUUAAUGUAGAUUGCGGGAGAACAAAGCAGAGCAUAAUGUAGAUGCAAGCCUGAUUAUGGAAACAUUUAUGCAAAGCUUGUUGAACGAAGUUAACAGUAUAUCGGAAGCGCAUACCACAAUUGAGGGAGAGUUGUUUCAUGUUGAUAAAGAUGAAAUGGUUGACACAACUAUACUGGAAGAAGAUUUAAGAGAGUUUUACCACGGCUUUGGAUUCCCACUGUGUAAGGAAAAGAAAAUACUCAAUGACGCUAAAAUACUUAAUAUCAGAAAUCUUAAAGCAGGAAGGCGUGUAAAACGAGGAUUAACAGUAUUUCCUACUGAUUGCUAUGGACAGAAUCCAACAAUGAAGUUUGGUUUAACUUCAGGAACAUCUUCCAAUCGACUUCAAAUGUGCAACAGAGUUGGAAUAGUGAAUGGACGAAGGGUUUUCCAAGACUGCGAUAAUGUUUCCAUAACUUCACCUCGUGCUUACAUGUGUUUAUGUUGUCCUUAUGUCACAUACAUCGAUACGACAAGAAACGAUUGUACAUGCACAAGAAUGGCGCAGUUACUUGGAAGGAAGCAUUAGUUGGAACGAGCAAACAUUAUAU